AUCAGCUGUUUUCUGUUUACAGCUACGGCUAACAAACGCCCCGUCUCAGCAGACAGGGUUCCUUCCCUCCACGGCCGUCCCUCCGUCCUUUUCCAACAUCACUACUGCAUUAGUUACAGCCUCGAGGGAUAAGGAAUACAACCGUUGUGGGACCUUGGAUGUCAGGAUUGAUUCAUCUUUUCAAUUAGAACUAGAAGAUGGAGAGGACUAGAAGGGGCUCAAGGAACCAAAAUGCACAAAGAUCCAGCCAGUCAAGGCAAUCACUUCAGCACAAUGAAGCCUUUGAUAGGUUACCACAUGCUGGCAGAGGUGCAUCACAUCCAAAAUCACACAAGGAAAGGCGAUCCCAAUCAGCUAAGGAUUUGAGCAGACCUAGAUCAGCAUAUAAGAAUUUGACAAAAUGGUCAUAUUAUCAUGACGGUGAUGUUGAAGUACCAGAGAUCUGCGUUUACUCAAUUGAUAACAGGUGCAGUUUUGAGGAUCGUGGCUGCCUUAGGCUUCACGCCAAGUGCACCAGUCAGUGGCAGGUGUUAUAUAGAUCUGUGUGGUGUAACUUCCGGAAUUUCCACUCAAUAGAGAUUGAGGAUGCCUUCGAAGAUGUCAAUCAAUCAGGCGUUCAACUCACACCAGUUAAUCCAUCAAAACUGGGAAGUGCAGGGAAGGACAUGUAUAAAAUUCUUGGAAAUGAUCCGUGGGAAAUUGAUUUUGAGCAAAUGAGGGUGAGAAACAUAAACUCUGCAAACGUCAGUUAUAAGAUUCGGCGAUUAUCCACCCAGUCAUCUGCUUUGUCAAACAGUUCUAAGGCAACAACCUUUGUAUGGUAUUUCUUGGAUACUAACAAGAAUUGGAUAAAAUAUGGAGAAAAUGACAGCACAAAGAGCAAUGAAAACAUUUCCUCCAUUAUUUCAGAUGAAAUAGAAAAGUACUUCUGCAGUAAUGGACCAGCUCAACUUAAAUUCAACACAUCCAAAUUUCAGUACAUUUUAGAUAUAGAAUCCAUGCAGCAAACAAACUUAGUAACUAAAACUGUGAGGCCAGUCCGUCGACGUCCAGUGAAGAAAAUGAGCACAAAAUCGCAGAAUCUGGAACAUCAGGGUGGGCUUGGACCACAAAAGGAUGCUGUAAAUCGAGAUUUGCCUCCAUUUUGGGAUGCUAUGAAGUCUUCUGACACAAUGAAAAUUGUAACUUUGGAAAGUUCGAGUAAGGAGUACAGUGACAUAUCACAUUUGUUACUACUGACACUACCAGGUAGAAGGGCUCGUGCCAUCAAGAGAAUACAGAACCCUUUUCUUUGGAGGCCCUUCAAGAAUAAACAACUUGAACUAACACUCAAAUAUGGAAGUGCAAAAACCCUCAAUAUUCAAAGGCUUUUCCAUGGAACAAGAGAAGAAUAUGUUGAGUCCAUAUGUAAGGAGAACUUCGACUGGAGGCUUUAUGGUACAAAUGUGGGGCACAAGUUUGGAAGAGGAUCAUAUUUUUCAAAUAGUGCAGCAGUGGCAAGCAGAUAUUGCCAGCCAUCUCUGCUGGGUCAUUGCUUUCUGUUAGUAGCCGAAGUAAUUGUUGGUGAAGUGACCAAAGGUGAUAGUAGCAUGACCCGCCCACCCAAGAACGUAUUCACAAAUGAGCUGUAUGAUACAACAGUAGAUGAUCCAAUUGCACCCAAAGUAUUUGUCAAAUAUGACAAGCAAGAAUAUUGUCCCCUCUAUGUCAUUGAAUUUGCAUGAAACCCUAAAUCUGAAUUUGCAUGAAUUCCCAGAAUUUGGGGUCAUAUACCAAACAGAUUACUAAUUUUUGAGUUUGUAUUUGACCUUAGGACCUGUAUGUAUGAAGAGUGUAAUGCCAGAAGCAAGAGUAUAUUGUGUAGUAUUACAGAGUAUUGGUGAAUAUCUCUUACAAAAUUACAGUGUACUGGUGAAUAUUUCUUACAAACUCAGUGUAAAGGGAAAAUACUUUGUAACUGUUAAAAAUAAGGCAAGCUGUUUAAAACUCAUGAAGUUAAUGUUAUUUUUUUCAUAUGUAAAGAUCUGACUCAGAUUUAGGCUGAAAUGAUCAAGAGAAUAUUGUACAUGUAUAAAUUAGAUAUUUCACUUCACUAGAAAAAUAUAAUGCAAGCUGUACUUUACAGCCAAGCGGAAUAUUAGCUUAUAGUAAGACUGUAUUUUUCAACUUUUUUGAUACUCUCAUGUAUAUAGUAUGAGAGCUCUAUUUUACACCCACUAAAAUGUUACCUUGUAUUGACUGUAUGCCCAGGAAUUCAUGAAUAUAGCUUUCUGCUUCAGAAGGGCAUUCAUAUAGAUAUAUGGGGUAGUAGUUUUAUAAAUGUGAACAAGAAGACUCAUAAAUGAAGUGUACCUGGAUAAAGGUUACCCAAUAAAGAUACAAGUAUUCAAUUCCUAUGUCUAACCUUUUGGGAGAUUUAUAUGAUGGAUGGUAGCAUUUGAUAAAAUUUGUAUGAUUUAUAGCACUAAGAGAAAAUAUUCUACAGACUUCAUAAUACAGUUGUCAUUAACAAUCUAGGAAUGUUUCAUCCAAUGGGGCAUCUUGCACAUUGGGUUUUUGUCAAACAUCAUGAAUGAUACCAAACUGAACAAGUUUUUUUCAUACUGUACCAGUACUUUAACCGACAUAAAAACAGUAUUAUGGACAAUACAUGCUGUACUCUUGAACUGUAUGUUCAUACUCUACAAGAACAUAAAUACUGUGUUUGCAAGUUUUUAAAGAUGCAACAGAUCUGCUUAUGUCAUGUUAGUAAAUAAAAAAAGUUUCAAUU